CAAGCAGUUCGUGACUACUAGCACUUGUUUUGAGAAGAUUUUUACAAAACACAAUCGCAAGUUUGAGUGAUGGCAACGACAACAACCAAAGCCAUGGACCAAACAAACAGUCCACAAGAAGAGGAGACUCCUCUGACUAGAGUGGACGUGACUCGCCACAUGGUGGAUUACUACUUCGGGAUUAUUGAUCCCAAGCAGUGGGCCUUUCUGCUGAAAGGAAACCCAGACGACAAGACCAGGUACAUCCUGGCAGAGCUACUCAUGGACUUGAUGGACCUGAUGCUCAUCACCCAACCAAGGCUCUCAGAGGAGGAGAUGAGAGGACUUAAACCUUGGGAGCGUCUGGCAUCCAGUUUGGGGGAGGCUCUACCCCAAACUCUUCCUCAAAGUCUGAUUGUCCCUGAUAAGGUCUUUCGCAAGAUCUUGGACUCUUUGAGGAUCAUCGUAUAUAGAGUAGCAGCAGUAGGGUGCGUCAAGUGCAUGCUCUUAGCCGACAACCACCCGAAGCCAUAUGCACAGUACAGAACUGCAUUCCUCCGAAUGGUGAAGGAAAUGGUCAAUUGUACCAUAAAAAUGCUGUGCAAUGACAACAAGAGACUGAUGUGCCAACAUCAGCGACUCCACCUGAAACUCAGCCUGGUCACUUCCAAACUGAGACUCCCUGAAAACAAGGAACAUGUGGAGUCAAGAACACCUGGAGUUAACAACAAUGACAUACCAGAGAGUCUGGAAGUGACUCCUGAGCCAGACCUGAGCCAGGCGCCCGACGUCACAGACGUCACCCCUGUGGACGUCUCAGUGCCUUCAGACACUAAUUCAGUGUCAGCCUUCGCCUUGGAGGAUGAACAAGACCCAAGAGCAAAGGAGAAAACCUUCGUGAGCAGGGUCACAGAGAAGAUAAUUUCUCGGGCCCUUAGAAAGUCCAGGACGACCUCCUCCACCUCAGACUCCCUCCAAGCCAUCCACCAGCGGCUCUACACCAAGAUCUGGGAGGAAGUCCAGAGCCAGGGUCUUAACAUCAACCCGGACAAACUGAGGGACAUGGACAAGGGCAUUUUCAACGACACCUGCAAACAGUUACGCUGCUCCAAAUCAUCCGUGUGGACUCGUAUGGUGUCAGUGGAUCCACCAGUAGAAGACAUCAUCAUGACUUCUUUCACAAAGCAUGUGAAGAGAUCAGAGGAACCUGGAGCCAUCAGGAGGUUCUUCACAGCUCUAGGCAGAGCUUUCUGCAGACCUACAGCCAGCCCCACAGUACUGGUGUCUUAACUCAACAUCGACAUCACCAUCGACAAAUCCACCGCAGAGCUCAAGCAGGAGGUUACCUACUUCACCCCCUCUUCCCCUCUACUGUUGCUGCUAGUCAGAGAGUAAUGGAGGGGUUGGUUACUUCCAUCUGGGGACACCUCCUCCUCCACUAGUUGCUGCUUGUCAGAGAGCAGUGGAGGAGAGGUCACCGAAAUGUGGGCACACUUCCUGUUCUUGCCUGUUUGUGGGUUUGGAUUUGAGCUUGUCUCGUCAUCUCGAUGGGCACCAGUACCACCUGACAUCAAGAGGGCCAGGGAUCGAUUCCCUGCAUCAUCUGUGCUGCUGCUGCUGCUGCUGCUGCUGCUGCUGUGAACAUCUCUUCAUCUGCUAUUUAUUAGCAGAAUAAAAAAAAAACGUGUUUCAUUUCUCAUCAUGUCAAUUCAAUUCAAUUCAAUUUUAUUUAUAAAGCUCAUUUCAUGCACAAGGCAGACUCAAUGUGCUUUACAAGAGGUAUACAUAGUUACAAUACACACAGUUACAUAAACAUCUGUUUGGAAUCAAUUGAAAGGUAUAGGUGCAAGUAAACAAUCAUAUGUAUGCCAUUUUCACCACAUACACACUUAAAC